CCUCUCAGACAUAACUCAGAUCUACCUGUCCCUAAUCUUAUCCAAGAAUUUCGAUGGUUUUGAUGACAUCGUAAUUAGAAAGUUGUUGGAUUUCAACUCUUACAUUCUUUUAAGUUCAUAUGUUCAUCCAUAGAAAUGCCAGCGAGAAUUCAGAAUGAUGGGGACAGAACACGAAACUCCGAUGCUCCAUCAGAGCCAAGUUAUGAGACAAUGGACACCAGCGAUGAGCCAUCAAUCCAAGUAGAAACUGAUCAUCUCCCGGAGCCCCAGCCCAUUGAGUCAGACAUUCUGAACCUGGCCAUUGAUGUUCCCUACACAGAGACUGACACCACUGCCCUCCCCACAACCAUUUCUUCUGGUUCACUGAUGGAAACUCGUACCAAUUCACUGGACUCUACGAACACUCUCUCUUUUAACUCAAUCUCAGGUGACUCUCUGGAGCCUCAAUCCUCUCGAGGAAACAUUGGUGGGCCUCGAAAUAUUUAUGACUUGAGUGAUGAUAGCUACGACUCUAGAGAUAACGUCUACAUUCCAAGGGCAGUCGGCUACGAGCGCCCAAUUCUUCACGGAAACGAAUCUUCAGACAAUACGAGUGAAGUUCAAGAAGUGCCUGAACUAGUAUCUAAUCGCGCAGGACCAAGCAGAAUUACUCCUCAAUCAGUCCAAUCCAGUGAGGGAGUUAAUCCCGGGACUCAAGUGCCUUCCUACGGACCUCCAGUCAGCCCCAAUAUCAUCAGGAGAGCUGGGCCGUACAUCCUGGGACCUCUCAUAGGAACAUGUCCUGUUAAGACCAUUAUCCAGUGUCUAGCCAGGAAGGAAGGCACUGAUAAGUACUACACUAUAAAAAUGCUUACCCUGAAGAACGGCAACGAGCAUGAAUCGCAAGACGAUCGUCAAGGAAAGAUGCUGCUACAUGCGGAAUAUUCCUUGUUGAGCCUGCUUCAUAAUCAGGAUGGAGUGGUACACCACCAUGGGCUUUUCAAGGACUCAGUAUUGGAGGAGAAAUCAACUUCCAGUGGUCGUUUCUAUACUGGGAGAAUAAAAAAAAGACUCUGUUUAGUCCUGGAUUGUCUCACAUCCCACGACUUCAACCCCAGAAAUGACGAGCUUCUCAAUCUCCAGCACCAUAUGAUAAGGGAAAAGAGACUACCCGAGAAAGAGAGUCUCCUCAUAUUCACUGAUACUGUACGGAUCGUUGCAGAGUUUCAUAAAAAAAAUAUCGUCCACAGAGAUCUAAAGCUAGGAAAUAUCGUUUUAAACAGGAAAACGAAAAAAGUUACAAUAACGAAUUUCUGUUUGGGAACAUUUUUAGCUAGUGAAAAAGAUCUGUUGAAGGACCAAAGAGGAAGUCCAGCAUACGUAUCUCCAGACGUUCUCUGUGGGAAACCCUACUUAGGUAAGCCCUCUGACAUGUGGUCUCUGGGGGUUGUUCUCUUUACGAUGCUCUAUGGAUAUUUUCCUUUCUACGACACCAGUCCAACCCCAUUGUACAACAAAAUUCGAGCUGCAAAUUAUCACAUUCCUAAUGAUGGAAGAGUGUCUGAGGGGACAACUAAUUUAAUUAGGGAUCUCCUAGUUUUACAGCCUAACCGAAGACUGACUGCAGUUCAAGUUUUAGAAUCUCUGAGAGUCAUCAUAGAAACUUUCAAAGUACAUGGAACCAUUAGUGAGGAGGAACAGGUAGUGCCCGAUACAUCUGAUAUAAAGGAGGACUCCUGUGAGAAGAAAACAGAGAUAAGCGAGAGAAAGAAGCUGGAGACGAGACCUUUCGCUGAUUUAUUGAAGAAAAUGACGGUUCAGGAGCAAAUGCAACAGAUGAUUAAUCAGCAGAGUCCUCUGACACCCAGGACUCGGCCUUUCGGACAGAUCCCAGUUUACAGAGUUGAUUCAGACCCCCGAGAGCUGACACAAGCUGAAUUGGAUAAAUACAGUCAUUUGAUUCCUAGAGAUAAUCAGCGAAAUCAUCCCCAUGGUUCCAGAAGAGAAGGGGUAAUUUCCAGGAAUCGAUCAACCUCUCGAUUCAGAACUACCUCUGAGACUACCCCCCCGCCAGUUGGACAUGGUCAAAGUAAUGGAGCACGUACCAAUCCCAUUCACGGUUCCUCAAAUCCUCCAGCUCCGGAGGCAGCGCCUCAAGCAAUACCUCAAGCGAUAAUUCACACAACACCUCAUGCACUUGGAUCCAAUCCUGUGAAUUUGAGUGGUAGAGAAACUCCAGCUGUUGGAACCUGGCCAAAUUCCAACUCUAGAGACGGAGCCUCCACAUCCUCACCUGUAAUCAUCAGUCGGGUCACUGAUUGUGGUGUUCAAAGGGUAAAUUCCCUGCUGAAUUCUGGAAGUCAUGAUCCUAGACCUUCUGGUGCUGCUCCCAGUCAAAAUAGAACCGUCUCAGGUAAUCCUGUACUGCCCGUCAAUGUAGACGUAUCUCCGUCGCCACCAUUUCUACCAGAGAGUCCGGCUCGUGCUCCAGCAAGGCAGGCUCCGGAGGGAUCGGAGGCUUCCGAUUCUGCUCCAUUCAGGGAGAUGAGUGCAGAGAUGUCCAGGAAUGCUCGAAUUUCAGAACUCCGGAGUCGAUAUGACUACGCGAGGAUGUCCAUGGCCAUUAGAGCCUGUAUAUUAAACCGAAAUAACCAGAGACCGUCGGAGCAUCCUAGACCUUUGAUAUUGUCCAAUCGAUCGGUUCCUGAUGUGGAUACUCUUGAUCAGGAACGCAGGUCCAGAGCGGCAGUCCUCGAUCGUAUCGUUUCGUUAAGGAUAAGAAUGCAGCAGAAUAGAAUUGAUAAUAUUGAGAGGCAGACGAAUGUCUUGACAAGUUUGAAUAGUAGUAUGGGGAGAGUGGAAGGGAAUAGAGUGGCCAGAGGGAGGGCAACUCUCAGUCAACACAGACACACACCGUACUCAACAUCGUCGACGAAUAUUCAAAUUGGUUACAUAGCCAAUCCUGGAAUGUUUACGCAGAUAGGUACAAUGGAUUGGCCGAGAAAUGGAGCAGACGCAGAGAGGGCCGAGGCAGGGCGGACUCUUCGACGACUCAUGGCGAGACUCAGAUCAUCCCAAGGGUUGUUUCGGAUGACACUAGGUAGGAAUAGGACGAGGGAUAAUGACCCUAGAACCGACCAAAAUGGAACUGAGGAGAGGGAGAAUUGAGAAACCAUCUCAAUUUUUAUAGAUUAUCCAAGGAUCAGUGCCAAUUUUCUGAUAACAGGGUUGAGGAACGUAUGAAUGAAUUUAGGAAUUUUAUUGAGUUGGCGACAGGUCAGUUUUUAUUUUUAUUGGAAAUACAUUCAAGAUAUUUUGUCUCAGAGUUUGAGUGUGAAUUGGUAUAUUCGCAAUGCUGAAAACUAGAGUUAUUGGAAAGACCAUUAAUUUUAAAUCCCAGGAAAUAUCAGAUGCAAGCACUAUUUAUAGAUUAUUGUAAAAUUAUAUUAAUGAUUGUAUAAAAUAUUGUAUGAUUCAAUGAAUAUUGCGAAAUCGA